GCCAUGUGGCCGCGCCAGUCGUCGUCCCGCCGCCGUCGCACCAUGCUGCGUCCUUUCCUACUCGCCAUACUCCUCACGCAAAUCCGCUCCGCGCACGUGACCGACCCCCCAACCUUCGCCGACCGCCUCGACAGACUCUACGAAAAAGUCGAAAAGUUCACAAUCGGCCCCGCGAAAAAAUCCAAUAGUAAACUAUACGCUAAACUCGAUCGACUUAACUCGUUAACACCCGAUCGGCAUCGGGAUUUAAGUGAUGAUGACGAUGAAUUACUCUCGGCGAUGAAACUGUGGGGAUCGAUGAGUGAUGAACAGUUGAGGGGUCUCGUUCGUGAAAUACAGCAGAUGAAGGAUGAAGAUCGGAGUGAACGACUCACCGAUGCUGAUUAUGACGGGGACUGGCCUGACGAUGAACAAGAUCGAGACAAUGAGGACUACAACAACGAUGGUGAAGAAUGGGAUCCUCUAGAAGACGAGACAGGUUCCACCAGUCACCCCAUUGUAGGAGUCACACCUUCCGCUUUCACCAGGCUCGAUGCUAGGGAUUCUAUCGACUACAUUGAUCCCAUUGCUGCUACUAACGAGCGGCCGAGAAUACUUGAUGAUUCUCACGCCACGCCAAAGGAACGAAUGUCUUUACGCAAAACGGCAUUUGAGAACGUUCGCGAGGUAUUCCGAUCAAACGGUUGCCUCGUUCCACAGCCGCGAUGGUUGUACCUGAGGAAUCUUGCACCAGCCGCCGACACCCUAUACGUACCGCCCUGUGUGAAGCUUCACAGAUGCGCUCCAGAUGCCUGCUGCUGCAGAGACGAACGUCAAGAAUGUGCGCCCAUUGAUGGCAAAUACGUCGCCAUACCAGUAUAUUUAGGAAAAGCCAAUCACAAUCUCACAGUGGCGCGAAUGCUGUUCUUCAAUCACACAAGAUGCAGCUGCAUAUACCGAGAAUCCAUGGAAAGCACGGCUCGAGCCAAAAUUGAUUUUAGAGAGGAGAAGAGAGACGAAUUGCUGGCUAGAAGAGACAAUGGUAUUAGAGAGAGACAGAAUGAUUGGAGGGCGCCCACUGAAGAGCCUAAAUUGGAAAGAGAUGAAGAGCAUACAUCGCCACCCCAACUUCGAAGGUGUACUUGCCCAGCGCUCUUCCGAAAUCGAGUCAAAGACGGCAUAUGCUCUUGCGUCUGCGAUUGGCCCGACACCACGCGGAAACGCGACUGUCUCUCUCUAGCACGAGGGAAAGAGCACUUCGGGUUAAGAGAUAGAGUAUGCGUCGCUCAAGGUGACUGCGCUAUGCCUAGCUGUGAACACGGACCCUACGAAAGGAGUGAGGGAAGAUGUCCUUACAAAAGGUUUAAGAGGAGAUAUCAUUCGAGGAGAUACCAGGACAAAGUCUGACUUAGUGACUUAGGGACCAUUCAUUAUGCACACAUUGAAAGGAAUGUGUUUAAAAAAAUGUGACAUGUUGUGACUAAGGAAAUAAUAGGAGUCGAGGAAAGUAGAGGACCUGUUAUAAUCACGAAACAAGCGUGUGCACCUACAGUAUGAAGUCGAACUAAACUGGCUUAAACUUACUCUAGUGCAUCCUAUUGUUGCAAAUUCUUUUUAUUAAAAAUUAUAACACUUAAAAUUCUGUUCAACAAUGAAAUAGGCAAUUCCAACAAACAUUUACACUUAUUAAAUAGUCAGAAAAUGGGGAUACUAAAAUGGCGGACGAGUCGGCUUAAACUAUACUAUCUCCUUAUUAAACUUUAUAUUCCUUAUUAAAUGGUCAGAAGUCACAACUUCACGAUCUGUGUGAUAGACAUGGCUUUCUUCACCAUAAUUUUUGCUACAUUUUUGAAAGAAGAACUGCUAUAAUAUUCAAAUAUAUAAUAUGUGCCCACAAGCACAAUAUAAAGGGAUUAAAUAUAUCAAUUGCCAUGAUCACUCCAGAUGCUCUGAACAUUCGCGAGGAUAUGUUGUGUUAUUGGAUGGUCCCUACGAUGUAGACAAAAAAAUAUUAACUUUAAAAGCUCCUCUGUAUGUGGCAAUUUUGUCUUACCUGCCAUAACUUGGGUUUCUUCUACACCUUGACCCUUAACAUUGUUUUCCAUGAGAGAUCGUUAUUGUUAAACGCUUAAUCUUGCGAUCGAAAACAGCUUCAAACACCUGACUUAAGGUUCGAACUUCAAGGUCACAUUAAAAAGCAUGUGGUGGUAACAUUGCAUUAAAACUGCAAGUCCAGUUUUUGAAACCUCAAAAUGUCUGCAUAGCCUACGAGAGCUGAAUUAAGAGCUAACAAAGUCAUUUGCAAUUCAUAUGAGAGUCUAGAACCAAAAUGUUUACAGGAGCAGAUAUUCCGUGGCCUUCAACAUACGGCAUUUACCAGUUUUAUAAAUUCACUGCUGUUGGCCGCUAACGGUAAACAAUUUGGUCAUCACCUAUACAAAGAUUUUCGCCUAUGAGAACAAUAAAAACAGUGCCAUUAUAUCUUCUGACGGGUUUAUAUUACGAUAUGAAGAUUUUGGAAGACUUGCAGAUAUUGAAGAUAUCUGACGUCGAAGGUUAUUUUUUGUACCACGUUAUAUGUCCAUGUUUUUGGAGAAAUUCUUUAAAAUUGGAAAAAGUCAGAGUAGCUAACUUUAUUGCAAAUGAGAUACUAGUUCAUAGAUGUUAAGACUAAUGGUCCAUCCAGAUAUAUCAGGGUACGAUAGCAGCACGUCAGGGACCAACUCCUGUUUUAACUCGAAAAUGAUUGUCUCUAUUAGGAGUACAUAAAAAUUAAGAGUACCAGAGCAUACUUCGAAGUGCGUAUGAUCUGUAUGCUAUCCAAUAUCAGGGCUAAGAUGUUGUUAGUGUUCCGUUCAGAACAAAACAAAAAAUAACGUACAUACGAUUUCUAUAAACUCUUAACGAAGUUUUAUUAUAAACACUAACCAAACCUAAAUAUAUCUGCUGAUGCCGAUUUCUCUGAUAUGUGUGAUACAUAACUCUGGUUCGAAUGGCCUGAGCCCGGACAGCCCUGACAUUGAUAUAUCUUAAUAGAUCCUAAAGAGGUAUUAUUGAAUUACUUUAUCAUAGCCGGAGAUAAGUCCAUCAGAAAAUUUACCUGACGUGUAAAAUUCAGAGCAAUACUUAGGUGGUCGUUUCUUAAGUAACCACUAUGCUUUCGUCUUACAAGGCAGCUUAGUUUAAGAACUUCGAUCAAUAAAAAAAUAAUUAUAUAUAUAAUCACAGUUUAAGAUAUUUCACAACGGUGCAUUAUUUUAUAUGGUUUCAUUUAAAUAUUUUCCCCUAAAUAUUUGGGGUAACUCUUUUAUAUUAUAUAGGUAUAAUUUAUCGCAUUAUAUUUGGAGAUAUUACUUAUUUAAAUGUUAAGGAGUGCCUUAAUAUUAGAGUCAGUGCUGCCAAUUCGGUUGUACUCAAAUUUCUAAACGGAACUAAAUUGACAAGCCUUAGAAAAGUUGCUUAUUUCUUUUUAUCGUAUUUCUUGACGGAAAAAUCAGAUAGCCCAUCCUAUUAUUAUGACCAGUGGAAAUAUCAUCGAUUAUAAACAAAGUAACACUUUGUUGUGCAUGUAAAGAACACGUCCUUCAAAAGAA